GUCUUUUUCCACAUCAGUCACCACAUUUAUACUGUAUUUUAUACCAUUUGCGGACUACUUGCAUAAGUUUUGUUGUUUAUAAGAAGAAAAUACACAACAAGACCGGAAGGAGAGAUUGGUGCAAAAAUGAAGGAAGAGAGGCAGCAAAGGGAGGGGAGUGAGGGAGGUGUGUAACAAUUUCCUGUAGUUGCAUGCUGAUCUGCGUUUCUGAACCUUCCUCUCUGAGUCUGUUUCUGUCAGAGUGAAGACCACAGACGAAGCUGAGAGGAACAGGAUGCAGGCUAUCAAAUGUGUGGUCGUGGGAGAUGGAGCUGUGGGAAAAACAUGUCUUCUCAUCAGCUACACAACCAAUGCCUUCCCCGGGGAGUACAUUCCUACUGUAUUUGACAACUACUCAGCUAAUGUGAUGGUGGACAGCAAGCCAGUCAACCUGGGCCUCUGGGAUACAGCUGGACAGGAAGACUAUGAUAGGCUCCGCCCACUCUCCUACCCACAGACGGAUGUUUUCCUGAUCUGUUUCUCCCUGGUGAGCCCAGCGUCCUAUGAGAACGUCAGAGCUAAGUGGUACCCGGAGGUUCGCCACCACUGCCCCUCCACACCCAUCAUCCUGGUGGGCACCAAGCUGGAUCUGAGGGACGAGAAGGAUACCAUUGAGAAGCUGAAAGAAAAGAAGCUGGCACCAAUCACCUACCCUCAGGGCCUGGCUCUGGCUAAGGAGAUAGAUUCAGUGAAGUACUUGGAGUGCUCGGCUUUGACCCAGCGUGGUCUGAAGACUGUGUUUGACGAGGCCAUCCGGGCCGUGCUCUGCCCUCAGCCCACCAAGGUCAAGAAGAAGCCCUGCUCACUGCUGUAAAUGAUUCUUGCAGGACCAGUAAGAAGAGAGAAAGAGAUUGAGACAGCUGACCCCGGGUUAAAAGAAGACAAUUUGAAAGUUCUGUUAUGUUUCUAAUAGAAAACUACAACUAGAUUUCCACUAGUUUAAAAAAUAAUGCAUUUGCAAUUAUAAUAAAACGGUAGCAAAACUUUCUGUACAGCAUACUCUGAGACUGAUUUUAAAGUGCAUUAUAGAUGAUGCACCAGGUAGAAUUUCUCUGUAAAAUAUACAAAUUUAUCAGAAUAAAUCACUAAAUGUGGAUGCAACAGACUGCCCCAGUUCACACACUAUAGAUUCAUCCUGUUAGCUUAAAUGUAACACCGGCAGCAGCAUGCUAGCUUUAUCCAGUGUACCAGACUUCCUGCAUACCAGACUACAUCUCGCUGCCCUUUUGGGGCCAACAAUAUAUACAGGUGUCUUGUGCAGCUUCAAAUAAUGAUGAUAUUUGUUAUGGAGUGCAAACGUGGUGUUGCAAUAAGAUUAGUUCAUAAUGUCUCACGAAUAUUGUUUUGAAAGUGACAAACAAUGAUAAAACAUAAGGAUCAGGAAUGUAAUUUUUGUAUGAACAGGGAGCUGAACAAUGUUGUAUUUGAAUAAAGGUUAUUAACAAGGGUAUUAUUUGUUGUGAUAUUAAAAUAAAAGACAUGAUCAAGUAAAAUA